CACUUCCUUUAGUGACGUCAUGACGUGUCUCACAUGGCCGAUAUUGAGAAGGAAAUUGCACAAUAGUUGAAAACUUGUAAACAAAGUCGAUAUAUAAAUAAAAUAACCAGUGUUUAUUGAACUAAACUUAUAGUUGCUGACAGUGAAAUCAACAAAGAGCAUUGUGAAUCACGAUCAUAGACAUUUUUCGGGAAAAUCAUUCCCGCCAUACGGACCAAAGGUUUAGAAACUCGCAAAUAACUGAAAGAAAAUGGCCUCUAACGGCGUAGAUGGCGAGACCAAUGCUGAUCGUAAUGUAGAAAUAUGGAAAAUAAAGAAACUUAUAAAAAGCUUGGAAGCUGCUCGUGGCAAUGGCACCAGCAUGAUUUCUCUUAUCAUUCCACCCAAAGAUCAGAUUCCUCGAGUCUCCAAAAUGUUAGCUGAUGAGUUUGGAACAGCAUCAAAUAUUAAAAGUCGUGUAAACAGACUAUCUGUACUUGGAGCUAUUACAUCUGUACAGCAAAGAUUAAAAUUGUACAACAAAGUACCUCCAAAUGGGUUGGUGAUAUAUUGCGGAACAAUUGUGACAGAUGAAGGGAAAGAAAAGAAAGUGAACAUAGACUUUGAACCAUUUAGACCUAUCAAUACAUCCUUAUAUCUAUGUGAUAACAAAUUUCACACCGAGGCAUUAACAGCACUGCUUGCAGAUGAUAAUAAAUUUGGUUUUAUUGUGAUGGAUGGUAACGGGGCAUUGUUUGGAACAUUGUCAGGAAACACGAGGGAAGUUUUGCAUAAAUUCACAGUGGAUUUACCAAAAAAGCAUGGAAGAGGAGGUCAGUCAGCGCUUCGUUUUGCUCGAUUAAGAAUGGAGAAGCGACACAACUAUGUACGCAAAGUAGCAGAAGUAGCUGUACAGAUGUUUAUCUCAAACGACAAAGUGAAUUGCUCUGGUCUUGUAUUGGCCGGGUCAGCAGAUUUUAAAACUGAACUCAGUCAGUCAGAUAUGUUUGAUCUGAGAUUACAACAAAAAGUGAUAAAAAUAGUAGAUGUAUCAUAUGGUGGUGAAAACGGGUUUAACCAAGCUAUUGAACUUAGUGCAGAUGCAUUAUCAAAUGUUAAAUUCAUCCAGGAAAAGAAAUUAAUAGGCCGAUAUUUUGAUGAAAUCUCACAAGACACUGGGCGAUUCUGUUUUGGUGUUGAUGACACAUUGAAAGCACUAGAGAUGGGAGCUGUAGAUAUUCUCAUUGUAUGGGAGAACCUUGAUAUCACCAGAUACGUGCUCAAAAAUCAUCAAACAGAUGUUGAAAACAUCCUUUUCCUCACACCAGAGCAAGAAAAAGACAAAACUCACUUUUUAGAUAAAGAUACUGGUGUAGAAUUAGAGCUUCAGGACCAGAUGCCUUUAUUAGAAUGGUUUGCAAACAAUUACAAGAACUUUGGAGCCACCCUGGAAAUAGUGACAGAUAGAUCACAAGAAGGUGCACAGUUUGUGAAAGGAUUUGGUGGAAUUGGAGGAAUUUUACGAUACCAAGUGGACUUCCAGAUACUAGAUCCAGGUUUAGACGGCUUUGACGAUUUCAACCUUGAUGAUUAUUAAAUUAUUUACAAACAUUUGGCCAUGCUGAGAGAACGUCAUGUGAAAUCUGUUCAUGAGUAAUCUGCUUUAAUAACCUUCAACUUUUGAUGAUUUUCUCCUGGAAAUGUACAGGUCUAUGAAGAAUUGAAUUGUGUAAAAAAAUCAUUCUAGGGCUAGAUAUUAAAUUUUUGUAAUGGCAUUGACCAGUAAGAUGUUUUCUUACACUAAAUGAUUGUUUGUCUGUCCUAUAAGGUAUUUGUCUGGGGUCAAUUUGCUGUUAACAGUAAAUAUUUUGAUUUUAAAAAUUGUAACAGAAUAAAAGCAACUCUCUCAGCUUGAACAUAUCUUUAGAAAAAACAUGCAAUAUGGGUGUGAAUAGAUAUUCAUAUAAAAUCUGUGAUUACAGUCAUUGACAUAGUAUUAAUUGGCCCUAUGGGCUGCUUAUAGUUCAAUGUACUUUGUCUGAACUAACAUUUGGUUGCUCAGGACAAUGCAUUAUAAGUCUCUGUGUAAUGUCUAGCCCUGAAGUUAAGUUUUUAUUUCUUUUUUAUGUUCAUAGUUUGAUUAUAAAUAUACCUCUUUGUAACAAUGAUUCUGUGAAAGAAAAAAAAUUCAGGUACAUAAUUUAUUGUAUACAAUUAUAGUAAACAAAAUACGUUUCUGGGGGGAAAAUUUAAUAAAUGUCAACAAAUUUCUUCUGUAUACAUAAUUUUGUCAUUAAACAUUUGUCCAUAUGCUCCAUACAAUAUUAAUAAUUGUCCAACUAAAAUAAGCCGCAAUAAAUCACUUGAACAUGUAUUAAAGUUGUGAAAAAAGAGUUAACUCAGCCUGUUCAACAUGUAAAGGGCUCAAAGCAUUUUGUACCUUUUCGAGAUACAUAUAUUUUGAAAAAUAUUUUUCUCACAUCUGGAGGCUUGCAGCUUGUAUGUUAAUUAUAAUGAUAUAAAUUUAAUUGUUAUUUUUUCCAACUUUUACAAGUGCUGGGUAUUUAUAAAAACACCAAAAAAGAGUUAUUAUGCUUGGUAUGAAAAUAGUUUGUACAAAACAAAUGUUAGAUAUGGAAUAAUGGUUUAUUUUAUGAUUUUGUUUUUGUUUUGUUCAUUGGUUCUGAUAACUUUAUAUGAAAACAUGUACAGAACACUCUCCAAUAUGUAUAAUUAUUUAUUUUGUUUAUAAAAAUUGUUUGCCAAGGAGAAGGUUAUAAGCAGGAUAUUGUACACAUUGAACCAUGUGUCAAAUCAAAUACAGAUUAUAUCUGAUA